AUGGCAACCCGUUCCCGGACGGCCUCUCGAGCCCAAUCCCCUUUCAAUUCGGGACACCUGGAACCCCAGCUUCCGCCAACCUCCUCUGUCGAAUAUGGCGAAGUCUCCCUCGAACGAGUCACCCGACUCCUCCUCGGCCUACUCGGCCAAGUUGAGCGCCUCGAGCGAGAAAUUGCUGAGAUCAAGGAAGCAGGGAUUGAGACCCAGACAAACGUCGAAAAUAUCUCACAAACCAUCGAUGUUGUCAAGGAUGGUCUCAAGUCCCUCCAGCUCCAAGGCCCCCGUACCCCAGAAGGGAACCAACCCAAGGCAGUGGAAGAAACGCCACGCCCCAUACCAAAAACCAAGCCUAUUGGAUCGGUUAGCAGGGUACCCUUCUGGUCAGAACCAACUAGGGAAGCCCCAGGCCUCGCCCAGCCUACCCCAAGAAGAGCCGCACCCCCGCGAGUCCCGUCUCCCCCUCCAUCUCCGCGUCUCCGAUCCCCCAUUGGAGCACCUGCCCCUCCUCCACCGGCUCCAGUUGCCGCAUAUCCUGCCCCUCCUCCACCGGCUCCAGUUGCCGCAUAUCCUGCCCCGGUCAAAGUAGACCACCCAGAUGCCUAUACAGGCAAGAUUGGGAGCGAGGCCAAACAGUGGCUCACAAGGAUGUUGGCCUGGACCCGGCUAAACUCGCGCAUGUUUCCCACGGACCAAGAAGUCCUAUCCUUCCUUCUGAUGAAUAUGAAGGAUUCCGCGGGAGCAUGGGCACACCCACACCUUGACCAGCUUGGAUCACACCGGGCAAUCAUCCAAACGGUUGAGGGAUUCAAAAUAGAGUUUUUGGCAGCAUUCGGCGACCCUGAUGCCACAAGGGCCGCCGAGCGGAAGAUUACCACGCUUACCCAGUCCGGCACAUGCGCGGAUUAUAUCACAAAGUUCAGAACCCUGGCAAUGGAACUGGACUGGAACGACGCGGCCCUUCGAGGCCAGUUUGCCCGCGGCCUCCACUGGGAGGUCAGCCGCCAAAUCGCUACCCGCGAACAUCGCCCCCGAACACUCCUCGAGCUGCAAAACGCAGCACUUGUUAUUGACAACGCCCUCCGGGAAGAGCGUGCUAGCCACCCGCCGAGGGAUAAUAAGCCUAGCAAACAACCCAACCCCGCAAGGGGAACGAGUACCGGCCAAUCAAGUACCGGUUCAAAGAAACUCUCCGACAACCCCAAUUUCGUGUUGGAGGAGGAAAGGAAUCGCCGCCGCGCCGCUGGCGCCUGCAUCAAGUGCGGCAAAAUGGGCCACAAGUUCGCGGAAUGCCGCACAGGCUGGAAGGCUACCCCUACUGAGGACAAAGGGAAAGCCAAGGAAACCGCCAAGAUUGGCAAAGACUCCAAGUACCAAUCGGGAAAAGACCACAAUAGAAUCUCCCCCCUCUUCACUAUUUUCAUCAAACCAGAGAAACAAGCGGAUCACUUAGAAGUCCUGAUAGACUCAGGCGCCACCUCAUCCUUCUUACACCCCCGUACAGCGGAACUACUCCGCCUUCCUCUAAUAGAGCUCCCACAACCCCGUACUGUUACUAUGCUCGAUGGGUCGAGCCCCCAGGCUGGAAAGAUUUGGAAGAAGGCCCACCUAACCUUCCUAUUUGAUGGCAAACGCAUGACGGAAACCUUCCUGAUUUGCAAUACCGGAUCACACGCUGCCAUCCUAGGAAUUAAAUGGUUAGAGAAUCAUAAUCCUGAAAUCGAUUGGAACUCGCGCACCCUCUCAUUCCCUCACACGCCCCCGGAACACAUAGCCAUUGCGGAAGAGGAGGAAGCUGACAAGACACCCCUUGAAGGAGUACCCCCCAAGUACCAUCAAUAUGCAAAGGUAUUUGGGGAAGAAGAAUUCAAUAAACUUCCCCCUCAUAGACACUACGAUAUUGGUAUCGAACUUACGGAAGAAGGACCCCUGAACUCCCCCCUUUACAGCAUGACUGAUGCCAAAUCCGCCACACUCAAGGACUGGCUCAGGGACAAGCUCAAGGCUGGAAAAAUCCGACCCAGUAAAUCGCCAAUCAGCUCCCCAGUUAUGUUCGUGCCCAAAAAGGAUGGUUCCCGCCAACUCGUAGUAGACUAUCGUCGCCUGAACAACCGGACAAAGAAGAACGUUUACCCGCUACCCCGUCCAGAUGACCUCAUGGCCCAGCUUUGCAGUGCCAAGGUCUUCACCAAGCUAGACCUAAGAUGGGGUUACAAUAACGUCCGUGUUAAAGAAGGUGACAAAUGGAAAACGGCUUUCCGCACCAAAUAUGGCCUAUACGAAUCCCUGGUUAUGACCUUUGGCUUGACUAAUGCUCCUGCGGCCUUCCAACAUUUCAUGAACGAACUGUUCAAAGAUUUAUUGGAUGUAUGCGUCAUCAUCUACCUUGAUGAUAUCCUAAUCUACUCAAAGGAUGACGCAACCCAUACCCAGCACGUCCAUGAAGUCCUACGACGCUUAAUGGAGAACCAAUUGUUCUGUAAGGCAUCCAAGUGUACAUUCCACGUCACAUCAGUGGAGUAUUUAGGAAUAAUUGUAUUGGAUAAGGGAUUCAGCCUGGAUAAGCUCAAAAUCCAGGCAGUCCGAGAAUGGCCCACGCCCACCAAAGUCAAGGAAGUACAAUCGUUCCUAGGCUUUGCCAAUUUCCUGCGCCGUUUUGUUGCCAAUUUUAGUCACAUAGCCCGGCCACUGCACAACCUGGUAAAGAAAGAUACGCCAUGGAAAUGGGAAACUAGGGAACAGGAAGCCUUCCAAAACUUGAAGGAUGCCAUCACUAGUGCCCCGGUACUCUGCCACGCCAACCCUGCCAAACCAUACUUCCUCGAGACGGAUGCCUCUGGCGCAGCACUGGGCUCCAUACUAAGCCAACGCCAAGAGGAUGGUUGCCUACAUCCCCUAGGUUUCUUGUCAGAAUCAUUCAAAGGUGCCAAACAGAACUACAACACCCACGACAAGGAACUCCUUGCGAUCAUCCGCUCCUUUGAAUAUUGGCGAAUCUUCCUGGAAGGAACGGCCCACCCCAUAACGGUAUUCACCGAUCACAGGAACUUAGAGUACUGGAAAGAAUCCCGAACCUUCAACCGUCGUCAUGCAAGGUGGCACCUCUUACUAGCUGGCUACAAUUUCCAAAUAGUCUAUCGCCCUGGCAAGCAGUCUGGCAAACCAGAUGCCCUGUCCCGCCGCGCCGACCACGCCGAUAUUCCGCCUGCCGACCAAACAAUGCUGCCCGACCCCGUCUUUGCCAACGUGGCACUAGUUCUACCAGAAAAAGAGCUACAAAGGCGUAUCGAGUCAAGCCUGGACCAGGACGAGUCCCUGGAAGAGAUUCUCCAAUUCUUACAAAACAAGUCCAAGGCACCACCCUCCAUCAAACGCGCGUUCAAGGAUUAUGAAAUGGAGGCUGGACUGUUGUUUUAUCAGGGACGGAUUGUGGUACCGGACGUAGGAACCUUGAGGACGGAUCUGCUCAAAAUCUUCCACAAUAGUCCGUUGGCGGGCCAUCCAGGCAGACAAAGGACUCUAGAACUAGUAUCCAGAACUUACUACUGGCCUGGCAUCCGUGCAGAUACAUACUGGCACGUUGACUCAUGUGAAACCUGCCAACGGAUUCGGAAACCCAAGUACGCAUUGAUCCCGCCUCAGCCUUUAGAACUCCCAUCACGCCCGUGGCAACAUGUGUCAUACGACAUGAUAGUAGACCUACCCAAAGACGGAAACUGCGAUUCUAUCCUGGUCAUUGUGGAUAGUUUUACUAAGUACGUGAUCCUAGUAGAGUGCUCCAAGAAGCUCAAGGCCCCGGAGUUAGCAGACCUAUUCCUACGCCAUGUGUGGAAGCGUUACGGCAUGCCUGAGAAGACAAUAUCAGACCGCGGACGGGUUUUUAAUAACAAAUUCCUGAAGGCGCUGUACCAACGCCUGGGAAUAGACCCCCACUUCUCUUUGGCCUACCAUCCUCAAAGCGACGGGCAAACGGAACGCGUGAACCCCACGGUGGAACACUUUUUACGGGCGUACUCAGGGGUAAACCAGAAAGACUGGGUCAAGUGGCUACCAAUGGCGGAAUUUGCCUACAACAACGCAGUACACAGCUCAACAGGCAAAUCUCCCUUCAAGGCACUUUACGGCUGGGAACCUUCCUUGACUCCAAGUAACGUCCCAACGGAUGUCCCCGAGGCAGAUAAUCUGGCAACCCAAAUGGAAGAACAAUGGCGGGAAAUAGAGGCGGCACUCCGGCAAUCAAAGACACGCAUGGUAGCCGGAGAAGCAGGUGAACCACUUGAAUUCGAAAUCGGGGAAGAAGCCUGGCUGGACGCCAAGAAUGUGAAGCUAAAGACCCUUAGUCCAAAGCUAACUGAACAACGCCUAGGCCCCUUCAAGGUAACCGAGAAAAUCUCCGACAGGGCUUACCGCUUGGAACUUCCCCCAACCAUGCGGAUCCAUAACGUUUUCUAUGUGGGACUCUUAUCUAAAGUCAAGAGGGACAAAAAGCGCACCUUUGAAAAUCGUCCCCCUCCAGUCACCGUGGACGGGGAAGAGGAAUACGAAGUGGAAGGGAUAACGGACAUGGAAGAGAGGAACGGAAAAUGGUUCUUCAGAGUCAAAUGGAAGGGCUACGGACCAGAAGAGAACACGUGGGAGCCCCGAGAGAACCUCAAAAAUGCGGGGAAAAUUUUGAAAAAAUACGAAGAAGAAAUGAGAAAGAAGGCCCUCGGCGCUGCCAAGGCCCUUAGAGGGGGGCAGUGUCGUAGACACACUUGA